GAAGUCCCCUCAGCAAGGAUCAAGGAGACGGUCGCCUCCUAAGGACCGUUUUCCUCCGGCUCCGAAGCCUCUCGGCGUCCGUCUGUGGCCCUUGCCCUUUGACCCCGUGGCGGCGGGGUGAGAGGUCGGGUGGCCAUCUUGUGGCGGCGGCGCGGGCGGCUGUUACUGCGGAGACCUGUCCCCUCCCCCACCUGGUACCCCCUAGCUGUCUGUCAGUCGGCGGAGAGCCCUGCAGCCUGUCAGCAGAGGCCUGGGCCGAGUGCAGUCGCUUUCCCCGUCUCAUCGGGCGGCCCAGGCUGCUUCUCACCACCGCCACCAUGUCCUCCUUCUCGGAGUCGGCGCUGGAAAAGAAGCUUUCAGAGCUGAGCAACUCUCAGCAGAGUGUGCAGACCCUAUCCCUGUGGCUCAUCCACCACCGCAAGCACGCAGGACCCAUCGUCUCCGUGUGGCACCGCGAGCUCCGCAAAGCCAAAUCAAAUAGAAAACUUACUUUUCUAUACUUAGCAAAUGAUGUCAUCCAAAACAGUAAACGGAAAGGACCCGAGUUCACAAGAGAAUUUGAAUCUGUCCUUGUGGAUGCUUUUUCUCACGUCGCCAGAGAGGCAGACGAAGGCUGUAAAAAACCUUUAGAAAGAUUGCUGAACAUCUGGCAAGAACGAAGUGUCUAUGGCGGCGAGUUCAUACAGCAGCUGAAGCUGUCUAUGGAGGACUCCAAGAGCCCUCCCCCAAAAGCAGCAGAAGAGAAGAAGUCUCUAAAACGAACUUUUCAGCAGAUACAAGAGGAGGAAGAUGAUGACUACCCUGGAAGCUACUCUCCCCAAGAUCCUUCCGCAGGUCCCCUCUUGACUGAAGAGCUAAUCAAAGCUCUGCAGGAUCUGGAAAAUGCAGCAUCAGGGGACGCUACUGUUCGACAGAAGAUUGCUUCCCUGCCCCAGGAAGUGCAAGAUGUGUCGCUGCUGGAAAAGAUUACAGACAAAGAGGCAGCUGAACGUCUUUCAAAAACAGUAGAUGAAGCAUGUCUGUUACUAGCGGAAUAUAACGGGCGCCUGGCAGCAGAACUGGAAGACCGGCGCCAGCUGGCUCGAAUGCUGGUGGAGUACACCCAGAACCAGAAAGAGGUUUUGUCAGAAAAAGAGAAAAAGCUAGAAGAGUAUAAACAGAAGCUUGCUCGAGUAACCCAGGUCCGCAAGGAACUCAAGUCCCACAUUCAGAGCUUGCCGGACCUCUCACUGCUGCCUAAUGUCACAGGGGGCCUGGCACCUCUGCCCUCUGCUGGUGAUCUCUUUUCAACUGACUAGGACAGGAAUCAUGCCCCAGGUUCCCAUGUGUGCCAGAGAAAAGAAGCAAGUCACUGUUGGAGACAGUCCCCUGGCCCUAGCUCCAGCUCUUCAGCCAGCAUCUGCCUCAGUAAUGAAGCAGGGAACUCUGACUUCUCACUCUCCUCCGGCUCCCUCCUGAGCACGGUUCAGAACCAUGCAGAUGGACUCAGUGUUGAUUCGUACUUGCUAAGAAGACACUCGCCCUCCCACUCAUGUCUCUUACCACUGCUGCUUUUCCAUCCUUAGCUCUCUUACACUCAUAAGCCAUGAAAAUCAUGUGUACUUCUGGAAGCUUCGGAGAAGCUUGCCUCAGUGACAUCACAUGUCAUGGAAAUCUGAGCUGACCUUGACCAGGUUCAGAACAGGCUCCCAGUGAGGACUCGGGCUGCAGAGAUUGGCUUUCCUGGCCACCAUCUCCUCACAAGGUCGGCAGCACAGCUUUGCCACAGAGUUUGCCAAAUUGCCUACAUUUCCCGACCUAAGCACUUCUAUUAGAGAAGCGUUGUCAUGGUUAGGUGUGUUUGUUUUGCGAGCAUUCUAGAGAAUCCAACAAUAAGAUUCGAAGCUGAUCUGAGACAUAAAGUUAUAGCGCAAGCACAGAGGGCAGGGAUCACAGGUCAUUUCCCUGCCGCACUUUGCAAGGGUCCCCAGUUUCAGAGCCUUCCCAAAGCUGGAGCCUCUGCCCCCUGGUGCUGGAAAGAAAGCUGUUCGGACAGCACGCCCAGGCCUAUCAAUGCUCCACAGCUGGAGUCUGGGCUCUUCUGCAUGUUGCUCUCACCUUCCCUUCUGCAGGGGCUGGAGCUUACAGUAAUGCACCAUGUGGACACACAUCCACCGUAUGGAAACUAAACUCGAACUUCUCGACAGACAGGACACUGAGCAUGCCAGGCAGCUCACGCCACUCUGUCUCCAUGCUCCCGUGGAAAGGGAAGCAUGUGGAAGGGAAUGGAGGGAGACUAAUUUGGGGUUUUAAUUCCAUUAUCAUGUCAGCUGACAUUAUGACUGAAUGAUGUAGUUAAGAUUUUUACGUCUAGUAAAGAUUGGGCCUGGACCUGGAAACGAUUGUAAUCUGGCAGGCUUAUUUUUGACUUUGGAAAGGGCAGAAACCAUUUUGUCCUACUAGCGUAAUAGGAAUUGUCGCCAGGAGCUGAAGUCCAAAAACCAUAAGAAGGAAUUCAGUAAAGGGGCCUUGAGAAGCUUCAUUACUUUAAGUUGCUGUUUUCAGGAUCACAAAAAAAAAAAAAAAAAAAAAACAACCAAAAAAAACCCACACAUCGUUUUUACAUGUUAAAGCAAACCUACAUGCCACCGAGUAGGCAGGCUUUGGUCUUCGAAGCCACCCCACCUGCUAUGAGGUGUGACUCAGUUCCCCUAUGUCCAGCCUGGUCUUUGUGGAAGCUGUUAUUCACAUUGAAUGCAGGCUGUUGUUGGCUUGUUCACUCUGCCUUUUCUGUCAGCAUCGUUUUCUCCAGAGGCUACAGGACAGCACUGAUUCAGGUGAAAUCCCAUCUCUGCUGUGGAACGCCUCCUCACACAGCGUGCCACUUUAUUGUCACAUGCACACACCGCUCUGAACAUCUUCCCCAGACACUGCUUUCCCAGGAGACAGACCAAAAGACUGUAGCAGCUCUGCUCUGAUGACAACUUAGUGGAGUCAGCACAAGGCUAUGCUUUAUUCUUUGGAGUCUCUGACCAGCAAUCAGUGCGUAACUCUUACAGCAGGAUCAAGACGUGAACCAGGAUUAUGUAAAUGAAUGUGUUGGCCUCUUAACACCAGUUGCUAGCAGACUUCCUGUGAGGAAGUUAGUUUCGUUUUAAUGAAAUGCUUCAGUUUUUUUAAUCUUCCUUGUUUGUGUGCCUCCUCCUCUUCCACCCCCAGUCUCCCAACUGUGUGCUUACUUCCCUUGUUUAACUUAAGUGAAGCUUUUGUUCCUGAGAGUUGAUCUGGCGGGUGGGUGGGUGACUUCUGGUUUUGUGUUUCUUUAGGGCAUCCAUAGGCCUCAAGGGUCUUUCUCUUGGGGUCAUAUUCCUCAGAAAGUCUUCAGUCUUUCUUUGUUUUUGUUUUUCUUAAAGGAUAUUUUUAAAGCUUAAAUUUGUAUAUUAAUUUAGGACUUUAUUUAGAAGUAUAGGCUGUCAUUGAUGGCAGCAGUAUAUUCUGAAAUGUCUCAUAGAUAUAUAUUUUUGAAUAAAGGCCGUGUUGUUGAACAA